AUGCUUUUAGACACGGGUUCUGCUGUAACUCUCGUACAUAAGCGACUAUUGGAUAGGGUUAACCAGGGUGAGGGGAUGUCUAAAGCACAGGAAAGGGUGGUAUCAGCAAACGGGCAGCCAUUAGGAAUCCUAGGAACGUGUAAGCUUAGAAUACGUCUAGGGGGUGUUGAUGUUUAUCACACGGUGCUAGUGGCGAGUGAUAUUACUCAGGAUUGCUUGAUUGGUGUUGACUUCUUGGCUAAGUAUGAUUGUAAAAUUAAUUUUGGGAUGAGUUCGGUUAACGUUGGGGGUAGGGAAGUCUCUAUGGGGAAUAGGUUUGAGGAAGGUGGGACAUGCGAACGGGUUAGGUUGGCGGAGACGGUUACGGUGCCGGGUGGACAUGAGAUGAUCAUGUCAGCAGAUGUCAGGGCAAUUAGUGACGAGGUCACUGGUAUAGUAGAGCCCUGCCCAGAAUUUUUUUCUAAGCACUCAAUUCUGGUGGCCCGAAUAGUAACAAAGCCACGGGAUAACCAUGUGCCUGUCAGGUUAUUAAAUCCUUCUCAAGACCCAGUCACCAUAUACCGAGACACAACCCUUGGGACGUUUUCUCCAGCAAACGUAGAGAGUCCUGUAGAACCGAACUCGGAGGUUUACCAAGUGAAGUCUGUUCGUGGGAAAGCUAAAUCGUCAAAAUCGCCUAAAACGACAUUAACUCAACUGUUAAAUUUGGAAAACACGGACAUAGACAGUUCGCAAAAAUUGCAGUUGGAGGAGUUUUUGAGCGAUUUUGAGGACGUAGUUUCGAAAGGUUCGUCAGACUUGGGUAGGACAAACCGGGUAAGACAUCGUAUUCCCACGGGUGACGCUGCUCCUAUUAAACAAUCCCCAAGAUGA